UAUACCUUCAACGUGUAAUUAGCUUCCUCUGAGUUUCACGGAACAAUCAUCCAAAAUGUUCAAAUUGGUGCUGUUGUUUGCUGCUGUUACUGUUGCCGCUGCCGUUCCGCAUGCACCCGUUGUCCAUCAGCCAACCCUUGUGGCUCACAAGCAUAUCUCUUACCAGAAGAGUAUAGUGGAAGAACCAACUGUUGCUCACGUUGGAACCGUCGUCAAGCAUGUCCCAACUGGAGUCACCCACCACAGCUCGUCGGUUGUCCAUGAUACAAAGUUCUCCGAACCAAUUUAUGCUCACGGUUCGAAGAAAACCAUUGUUGCGACACCAGUUGAGAAGACCACAUACCAUCAUACCGUGGCUGCUGCUCCCGCUAUCAAAACUGGCUAUGUCGAGGCCGCUCCGGCUCUGACCUACGCUGCUGCUCCAAUCGUUAAGGCUGCUCAUGUCGAAUCCGUCCCAGCUUGGACUUAUGCUGCUGCCCCGUUGGCCGAAGAUUCUUAUGUCCAUGCCGCCCCAGCUCUGACUUACGCUGCAGCUCCAAUUGCGGAGGCUGCCUAUGUUGAUGCCGCUCCAGCUUAUUCUUAUGCUACUCCAGCUGCCAAGACUGCCUAUGUUGAAGCUGCUCCAACUUUGUCUUACUCCGCUAUUCCAUCUGCCCACUAUGUUAAUUACCCAGUGGUCUAUGCAAAGCACUACUAA